CUUGGGCGAGGAUCUUGACCAUGCCCAUGACCACGAGCGCAACUUGGCGAGUAUCUGUGCGAUGCUGGACGCCAGUGGUCUCUCGCCAUGGGUCCGAGAGAAGAGCAAGGACGUGUUUGCGUGCUUGGCGCGCGCCGAAGCCCGCGCCCACGGUGCCAGCGUCGACCAAGUGCAUUUCCAUGAAGUCGGUGCGAUCGACAGCAUCAUCGACACGGUCGGGUCUGUCCUCGCCCUCGAGCUCUUGCAUGUCGACGAGGUGCACUGCUCGCCGCUGCCGUACUCGAACGGCUUUGUCAAGUGCAUGCACGGUCUCAUGCAUGUGCCCGUGCCAGCGACGCUUGACCUCAUGCAAGGCGUCCCCGUCAUUCCGGCGCCCAAAGGAGCAACGGGCGAGCUUGUGACGCCGACGGGCAUGAGUCUCAUGAAGGCACUCGCCACAUCGUUUGGCCCACCACCGGCGUUCAUCCCACACACGCACGGGAGUGGCGCCGGCACCAAGGACUUUCCCGGGCACGCCAACAUUGUGCGCGUCGUCAUCGGUGACGCGACGCAUCCCAUGACUCAUCGUCCGACGCCAAGCCCAAGCAACGACGAGAGCAUCGUCGUCCUCGAGACGAACCUCGAUGACAUGAACCCGCAGAUUUUAAGCCACGUCCAAGAGCUCCUCUUUGACCAAGGGGCGCUGGAUGUGUGGUGGCAGCCCAUUCAGAUGAAGAAGAACCGGCCGGGCAUCCUCCUCUCCGUGCUGUGUCUUCCCGACGGCGUUAACACUCUCUCCACCACGCUUUUUUGCGAGACCACAACCCUCGGCAUCCGCCGGCGCACGAUGGAACGCGCUGUGCUCCAGCGCUCGUCCAUGACCGUCACCUCGUUGUACGGCCCUGCCUCGGUCAAGGUGGGGUAUCUCAACGGCGCACCUGUGAACGUCCAGCCAGAGUUUGACGACUGCCAGAAGCUCGCGCUCGCUGCCAAUGUCCCGAUCAAGACGGUGCUCGCCGAGGUGCAAGCGCUCGCACGCGCCAGCUUGAAGAAGGAAGCGCCCGUGGCCUAG